AGGCACACAUAGACUCGUACGAGAGAUGCACUGAAAUUCAUUAAAGACCAUUUGGCUGGCCGAUUCAUAUGAAAUUAAGAUUGGGAUUACAAUAUGAUGAGCCUACUGUCCAGUGCCCCACUACUGACUGGUAAAAGGUUACAGAUCCACACACAGUUCACACACUUGAAUGCAAUUUCACAGCAUCACCACCAAUCCAGUGAAGUGAGAACCAAAACCCUUGAGAUGGAAAAUCAAACCGAAAUGAAACCCAGAAUUCUCUGCCUCCACGGCUUCAGGACAAGCGCUGCCAUCCUCAAGAAACAGGUCGGCCGAUGGCCGGAGACCGCGCUCGGAAAAUUAGACCUCGUCUUCGUCGACGGCCCUUAUCCGGCUCGAGGGAGGUCCGAUGUAGAACGCUUCUAUGAUCCUCCCUACUAUGAAUGGUACCAAAUUAACCAGGAUUUUACAGAGUACUACAAUUUUGAAGAAUGUCUAGCAUACCUAGAAAAUUUUAUGAUAAAUCAUGGACCUUUUGAUGGUCUACUGGGUUUUUCGCAGGGAGCCUUUUUGUCAGCAGCCUUGCCUGGAAUGCAAUCCAAGGGAGUGGCUCUCACAAAGGUUCCAAGGAUAAAGUUUGUGGUAAUAAUAUCAGGGUCUAAAUUUGUUGGAUUUGACUUUGGGUUACCUAAGCUGGCGGCUAAUUAUGCAUUUUUGUCUCCAGUCAAGUGCCCCUCUCUCCACAUUAUAGGUGAGAAGGACUUCUUGAAGGAAAGGGGGGUUGCAUUAUUGGAAUCGUUUGAGGAUCCCAUUGUGAUUCAUCACUCCAAGGGGCAUAUAGUACCAAGACUAGAUGGGGAAGGCCUCGAGACAAUGCUCAGCUUCAUAGACAAGAUUCAGAAAAUGACAUUGCAUGACGAAUAGAAGAUCUGCUUGAAUAUAGCCAAAAUGAAGGAAUAAUUGGGAGGAAGAUGGACUACCAACUUGUGAAAAAACCCAGAAUUCUCUGCCUUCAUGGUUUUAGAUCGAGCGGUGCAAUCCUGAAAAAAGAACUAGAAAUAUGGCCCGAAUUUAUGCUAAAUAUGAUGGAUUUGGUCUUUUUAGAUGCACCUUUUUC